AUGGAAGGCGUCAGUGAACCAGCCACAAACGAUGAGUCGGCGAACGCCAGUGAGGCAGCAUCAACUGGAUCGGAACGCAACGUACACCCAGGAAGCGAUCGUAGAAGUGCGGUUACGCCCGACCCCACGCCAAAUGACAUGUCCUUGAGGUCGACACCCGCCGAAUCGGUUCUGAGGCCUGAGGUUGACACUCGUGCCGGGAUACCCGCUGCGGCCAGCAACGUUUCGGAGGCCCAGUCGCCCCUGUCUUCCCCCACGCCAGAGGCCCCGCGGAGCUCAGAGAGAUGGCCACUCGGGAAAAUCGUGAUUGACAGCCAGACGGUGCGUAAUCUACGUUCAGCCGAUGGACCAACAUCGCAACAAGAAAGCAAACCCCGAGAGGCUUCGAGGGCCAGCUUGACAGCCAGUUUGUCGACGUCGCACUCGUCUGGGUCCCAUGAUGAUCUAUCGCGUGGCCGGGUCAUAUCUGCGCAAGAUCAGCAGAUCGCGAAGCGAAGCGAACAAGCGUCGGCGGCAUACUCGGAGGUAUCGAAAACAUCGAUCGAGCCCAGAAUUGCUUCAGCAGCUGCUGAUCGUUCGGGCGACACCACUUGGGCGGACGGUGGGGCGUGUUUGCAGAACGGGCACAAGGAGGCAGACGACGAAAGCACACAUUGUAUUCGCCAGCAAUCGUUGUAUGCCGAAGAAGCCGCGCGGCCUAACAAGGGUACGAAAUCGGAGUGGGUAGCAUCAGCACCACGACAAGAAGACACAGCACCGGACUUCGGUCGCGGCGAGAGGAGCGGAACUUCCAGCAGGGGUUCUCACGUCGCCCCACCGUAUGAAGCAGGCAUCGGCAGAAGAGCACGUUCACCAGGCGCUGUUGAACAGGCGAGCGCUCUUCCCAGCUCCGCUCUUCCCAGCUCCGCUCUUCCUGAUGGUAAGGCUGGGACAACGCACCAGAGUAUUGCUGUACGUUUCGUAGGAACAGCAACAGCACUUGGUGGAUUCGGAUCGGUAACCGAUAGUCAGCCAACUCCGGCGAUGACGACCGAGGACAACAACCAGCAACUAAGCGCGGCUGCGGGCCUUGAAGACCUUGCCCAAAUGGGAUCUGUCGGGGAACACAGGGGCCCUACCGUGCCUGCAGCGAAUCGCGUUGAGAUGGUAGUGUCCGUAGUCCGCGAGGAGCAGGAAGCCGGGGACUUCUCCACGAACAGCGAACCAGUAUUGCCGAUAUCCCGGGGUUUCGCAGGGGGUAGGGGACGUCAGGCCUCUUCUUCCACAGCUCGGACUACGGGGGGCGCAGGCGUAGUUCGAACAGAAAAUGCGUCGAGGGUUCCCGAUGGUCGUAAACCGUCGCAAGUGCCCACCCCCAGUAGGCCUUCGCCCGCUCCUACCUAUUCUUCGAACGAUAUCACAUUUUCUGGACCACAUUCCCCGUGGGAUGAAUCUGACGACGUGCCGUCGGCUGGUUGCUUGGAGGUUUCUUCCGCAGAGCAACGCGCGCCGAUCUCACAGAGUGAGCGAGAUCGGAGACCGGAGGAAAAACAAUCGGCAUCAGCCUCUUCGAGGGAGUCCGCCGAAUGCGAUUCGCCAGGAGAUAUGGCCGACGUCGCCCUUGCCGCUUUUUCAUAUGCAAACGCCGUUGCUGAGGCAGGAGGUGACGGCGAUCCCGCGAGUAGCAUUCUUGCUGGCCUUGAGAAUGAGCGUGUGUGGGAGCAGACCCAGCGUGUUUCGGACGGUGGUAGCAUUCUUGCUGGCCUUGAGAAUGAGCGUGUUUCGGAGCAGACCCAGCUUGUUUCGGACGGUGGUGGAGAAGGGUCGUCGAGGUCGGCUGCAUUAGGAGCCCAUGCCACGGCGGCCAAAAUGGCUGAGGAUAUCGCGAUAUCCCCGGGUCCCUCCCGAGAAUGCGCGGAAGACAGGACGGCGUCUACCACUUCUGCCGUGAUUUCCUCUGUGACCACGCAGCCGACCUCCACGGCUUUGUUGAAUGGGGAAGCGGCUUCUGAGAGUACCACGCUGUUAGCUGGAGGAACGACAGGAGCUUGUGGUCCUACCGGUGUAACCACAGCUGCCAGCAGGGAGAAACGGGCCAGCGCGAGUGAUCGCCACGAUGACAUGAUGCACGCGAUGUGCAUGAUUUGUUUGGAGAAGCUCAGCGACGCGGCGGAAGGAGGCGGUGCGAAGCUGCUGGGUCUUUUAGACGCAUGCUCCCACCGGUACUGCUACACGUGCAUCCUGGAGUGGAGCAAGAUCACCAACAAGUGUCCCCAGUGCAAGGCUCGCUUUCACACAGUCAAGGCUGUCCAAGAGCUCCGACGAACCAACGACAGGGUGGAUAGAUCGCCUCGGCCUCUUUCUGGGAGCAAGACAAGGUUCAGAAGGAGGGAGCGCUCUCCGACGUACCGUGGUGUUGCAGUUCGUGUCGAGGACAGAGACCAGGUGUACAGCUUCGUCGAUGUUAGAGACGUGGUGGUGCUGGACCCGGAAGUGGCAUGUCACGUUGGAUGCCUGGUUCGUCGCGGAGUCGACGCCAUACAGCAGGGGUGGGAGUUCUCUGUCCAAUGCGAGCAAUGUUCAACCUGGUAUCAUGGGCUCUGUGUUGGCUUUCGGCAGGAAUGGGAGAUCCCGGACCUUUGGAUUUGCAGGCCAUGCAGGGGUGAGUCGUACCAGAUCACCUUGGACCCAGACGCCAUCACGGAGCCGGCGGCAAUCGUUGCUCGCGGCAGGACAUCUUCGGGUAGUAACCACGGCAGUACUCGCGGGCGGAGAGCUAGCCCACCAUCUGCGAGCCACGAUCGUCUCCCCCCGUCGGUGUCAGGGCAAGAGGAAUCGGAACCUGGGGAGAUGGUAAGCGGCCGGGGUCAAGUUCCUGAGCAGGUUAACAGUAUCGGUGAUGCCCCUCAGAUAAGCAGGAGCGUAUCAGAUGGGGGUCAAGGAAUCGGCCCAAGGAGCGACCAAGGCAGAGCGGUUUCCAAUAUAACCGCCCAAGAUCAAGUAUAUGUGAACCCCCCGGCGCUGGCCCCCCAAUCACGGGUUCAGUCGCCGUCGGCUAGCCAACCACCAGCCUGUGGCACAACCAACGGUGGAACCAUCGACACAACCACCGACACCGUCGACCUCAGAAUCGCACGUACAGAGAUCGGUUGCACCACGUUCUGA